AUCAAGAACUCGCAAUUUAAUCAAUAUUUGCUAGUUCAACUGAUUAGAACACAAUGAGCAACAUCAAACAGUUGGUGCCACCCCCUGCGGCCACAAAUGCAUCUGCUUUACAGCCGUUGAAUCCUAUGUCCUCUGUCCAGCAGCCAAGCAAUACGAUGCAGCAGGGAAAUACUAUGGCCAAUUUGCAGUCAGCCGCUAAUACUAUGGCCAAUAUGCAGCAGGAACAGCAGCAGCAGCAACAACUACAGCAGCAGCAGCAGCAGCAACAACAACAACAACUGCAGCAGCAGCAGCAACAACAACUGCAGCAGCAGCAGCGCACUGGCAAUGCUGGUGUUACUAUGUAUCCGACGAACACAAUGACUAAUAUGUAUCCAAUGAACACGACGACCAAUAUGUAUCCAGGGAAUGCUGUGGCUAAUUUUCAUCCUGGUAAUCUUAUGACAAACACCAUGCAGCCAGUUGGGAAUGCUUUGGCAGGUAGGCAGCCUAUGAAUCCUAUGUUCAAUCUGCAAAAUCUGAUCAAAGGUGACCGUAACAUGUUCAUGUCUGCGGAUGACAAUGUGAUGAUGAGGCAAAUAUACAGCACUCAUACCCCUGAUGGCAGAGUGAUUAAUGUCAAGCCACUACUCCAUAUUGUUGAGGAUAUUUUGUCCUUCACUCACAUGAGCAGUCCUCUUGAUGCUACUAAUUCACAUGAGGUCCAUAUGGAUGACACGACGCACCAGACUGAUGUGGUUACCAUGGUUGAAGCUCUGUCCCACAUAAUUGAUCGACUUUCCUGCGAGAUAUCAAUCAAGUGUUUGAGUGGCUCAGACGGACAUGGGACAACAGUUUCCGUCCUGCACAUGGUAUCAAAUUACCCGUGGGAUGCAAAACUAGUACUAACACUAGCAGCAUUUGCAUUUAGCUAUGGAGAAUUUUGGCUGCUUGCUCAGCUUUACUCAUCUAAUCAACUUGCAAGAUCAAUGGCCCUCCUCAAGCAGGUUCCGCUUAUCAUGGAGCACUCAGGGUCACUUAAACAUCGGUUUGAUGCAGUUAACAGUCUCCUCAGUUCGGUCAUUGAUUUAACAAGAGCAAUUAUUGCUUUGGAGGAAUUACCAAGCAUGUAUAUUGCGAAGGAUGUGCCUCCAUUUUCCACUGCCAUUGAAAUUAUCCCCACCGCUGUAUACUGGAGCAUCAGGAGUGUCAUUGCUUGUGCAACCACCAUUAGUUACCUGACUAGCAUGGGCCAUGAGAACACGAUAUCAAUGACAGAGCUGUCGUGGGAACUGUCCACACUUGCUCAGAGGAUCAAGCAGAUGCAUGAGCAUCUUAAGAGGAAUUUAGACAACUGCUACCGACACAUAGAUGAGAAGAUGAGAGCUGCAGCCUACGAGUCAUUGAGGCAUUUGUUCGAUGUGACUCACAUUGACAAUAUGAAAGUUCUCAGGGCUCUGAUUUACCCAAGGGAUGAUAUACAGCCACUGGUUGAAGGUUCUUCUAAGAGAAGGGUUCACCUAGACGUUCUUAGGAGGAAGAAUGUCUUACUACUGAUAUCAGGCCUAGACAUUUCCCCAGAUGAGCUCUCCAUUCUUGAACAGAUAUAUAGUGAAUCCCGUAUGCAUGGAACAAGAAUGGAGAGCCUGUAUGAGUUAGUCUGGAUUCCAGUCGUGGAUCUUUCUCAUGUCGUCCACUAUGGAACCACCCCUGGGCACUACGGAACCACAACUGGACCAUAUGGAACCACCACUGAGACAUUGCCAAUGCAAAAGCAUACUAGUACUCAGCCAGAAGAUCACAGCCUGCAGUCAAGUACUUCAAAGUCAAUUUCUCUGCUCUCAUCAAGAAAUAUGGUGGAUCCUCAAAACUCUUCUGCGAUUUUUAAGCAGCACUGGACCGAUCCUAUGCAGAAGCGUUUUGAUGAGCUAACAUCAACUAUGCCAUGGUACUCUGUGUACCAUCCAUCAAUUAUUGAUCAGGCAGUUGUUAGGUUUAUAAAGGAGAGGUGGCACUUCAGGAAGAAGCCUAUAUUGGUUGUUCUUGAUCCCCAAGGAAAGGAAUUGAGCCCUAAUGCCAUUCAUAUGAUGUGGAUAUGGGGGACUACUGCAUUUCCUUUUACUAGCUCCAGAGAACAGGCUCUUUGGAGGGAUGAGACUUGGAGGCUUGAAUUGCUUGUCAGUGGCAUGGAUCCAAUCAUCUACAAUGACUGGAUAAGAGACGGAAAGUUCAUUAUUCUGUACGGAGGGGAGGACAUUGAAUGGAUCAGAAGAUUCACAAACACAGCGCGGGCUGUGGCACAAGCUGCUGGAGUUCAGCUAGAGAUGGCCUACGUGGGAAAGAGCACAAAGAGGGAAAUGGUCAGGAGGGCAAUGUCAACAAUCACAGUGGAGAAGCUUAGCUACUGCUGGCAAGACCCCACAAUGAUUUGGUUCUUCUGGGCAAGAAUGGAGAGCAUGUUGUUUUCAAAGAUCCAAGUGAAGAAAACAGAUGACCAUCUUGAUCCAUUAAUGCAAGAAAUCAAGAAACUGCUGAGUUACGACAAGAGUGGAAGUUGGGCUAUGUUAUGCAAAGGCUCAUAUAUUGUGACUAGUGGGCAUGCUCAAACUGUCUUGAGCGCAUUCCUAGAAUUUGAUUCAUGGAAAGAAAAUGUUCCACUUAGAGGCUUUGAUGUGUCAUUCAAAGAAUAUCAUGACAAGCUUCAUGUUGCAAACCCGCCAUGUUGCAGAUUCGAGUUCUUGACCACUGCUGGAAGAAUCCCAGAUGGCAUGACAUGCCCUGAGUGCCUCCAACAUAUGGAGAAGUAUAGCACUUUCCUCUGUUGCCAUGAUGAGAAUUCCAUUUUCCUACCCCACUAGAAGCAACAGGGUCUCCUACAACAAAUAUCUAUACUACUUUCUACACAGAGUGCCUUGGCAAGUAAAAUAAAAGAGAACCUACCAUAUGCUACCUCAGUUCUCUCUCUCUCUCUCUCUUUGUUUUUUUUUUUGUUGUGUGAAGUUUUCGGCAGUACCAGUCUGUCCUACAAUGUUUAAAGUGUGAGAUUAUUGUUCGAGUGUGUCAGUGUUGCUUUUGGUAAACUGAGAAUAUGUCCACCCAUUAUUAUUAGCCUAAAUAAAUAAGCAAAGAUUCUACUUUGAUAUAAUAUUCUGAUCCAGUAUGAUUUGCUUAA